AAAGAAGAUGAUUCGACGAGAUAAGAUUAGUGGCUCAGUGGCUGGUGUGUCUUAUCAAAUUGUACGUGACAGUGCUUUAGUUGCGUUUCACCAGCAGUUGCAUGAACAUAAUAUUAAAUAUGUAUUUUAUUGUCGAUAUAAAAUAAUAAUGUGUAUGUGUGUUAAGCAAAAAUUUUAUUAAACUAGUUACUUUUUUCUUUCGUAGUGAAAAAACAUGAUAUUUUAAGAGGUGAAUGAAUAAUAAUAAAAAGUGCUUUAAAUAUUAUAUAUAUAUUUUUUCUUAUCAAUUGAGAAUGAACAGUGAAUUAAAAUAAUUUCUUAUUGUUUUUUGAAAGAAAAUUAUCGACCUAGGGAAAAAAUACUCAAUGAAAAGGACAAAUAUUUAUUGUUCUGAUGGUCCACUUGGACUUAAAUUUUUAUAAUUUUUGAGAGAAGAAAAAGAUGUCAAUCAUGAAGAAGAAUAAUUUAAAGGCACCUGAUGGUGGAUGGGGUUGGGUUAUUGUUUUCGCAACGGCUUUAAACAGCAUGGUGACAAUUCCAAUUUUACAAGGUUUCGCAUUGAUAUUCAAAGAAAGAUUUGACGUUUUAAAUUUAACCGCCACUGAAGUGACAACAAUAAUGAGUUGUAAUUCCUUUUUUGGUAUGAUAUUGGGAAUAUUUAAUGGACCAUUGAUAACAAUUUUUGGCUAUAGAAAAACGGCAAUUCUUGGAACUCUUGUAUUCACAUUGGGAGUCGUGUAUACUGCAUUUUCAUCAACAUUUUUAGAUUUCAUCAUUGGUUAUGGAAUGCUAACGUCGCUAGGAAUGGGAAUAGCGAUGUCAUCAUUCUUUUUCGCGCUAAAUUCAUAUUUCGCAGAAAAAAGGGGUCGAGCAAUGGGAAUUUCAAUGACUAUUACUGGAAUUGGACCAAUUAUUUUUCCACUAAUUAUUUCAUAUUUACUCUAUUUUUAUGGUUCUCAGGGGACGAUGUUAUUUCUUGGAGGGUGUAGUUUACACGCUUUAAUUGGAGCAAUGCUGCUUCAACCAGUGAAAUGGCAUUCGAAACAGGAGAAAAUUUGUGACGAGGGUGAAAAUUUCGAAUCACAAUAUAAAUCUCUUCUUCAGGAAAUAUGUCCCGAAUGUACGGAAGAUGAGAAAAAGAACAAUUCAAACAUGAAUUUAAAGAAAGGAAGCAAUUACGAAUUACAAGCAAUCGAUCUUGUACAGUCUGUUAAUUUAGGGAGUAGUUUAAACGUUUUUGAUGAAACAAAAUCAUCAGACGAUGUUAAAGAUGUACCAUUAAAAAUCAUCAAUAAUUCUAAUGGACAUUGUCAAUUAGCUGAAAGAAUUUGCGUUAAAUGUGGUACACUUUUUAUCAUUGACAAUAUCAAUGAGAAUAUCGAAGAAAAAGUAGGUGGACCGAAAACAAGACGCGAAAAAAUAAUUUAUCUCUUUGGAUUGGAUUUACUUCGCGAUUUGAUAUUUGUUAAUAUCACUAUGGGAAUGUCGGUGGCAAUUUUUGCUGAAACAAAUUUCUCAUCAUUGUUGCCAAUUAUUCUUAAGGAAAUGCAUUUAACAACAUCGCAAAUAUCAAUUGUUAUGAGCCUAUUGGGAACAAUGGAUCUUCUUCUACGUGGUAUCAGUCCAUUUAUUGGUCAUCAAUUGAAGAAAUCACCGAGGACCAUGUAUUUAUUUAGUUUGGCAUUUCUCAUCAUUGGCAGAACAUUGUUGAUGUUCACAACAGGUUACAUUUCACUUUUGGUAGUAAUGACCUGGAUGGGCUUUGCAAAGGGAAUUCGUGCUGUUUAUUCGGUCCUCGUUAUUCCCAGUUAUGUUCCACUUGAAAGACUCCCAUCUGCAAGUAGUCUUCAACAAAUUAUUGUCGGUUUUCUAUCGAUGGGAGCUGGUCCUCUAAUAGGUUUCAUUAGAGACAAAACCGGAAGUUACAGUCUUGGAAUUGCAUUCAUAAAUUGCAUGACAGGUUUGACAAUAUUCAUGUGGAUGAUGGAAAUGUUUUUAGUUCCUUCGAAAAAUAAAACACAACCAAAUAGAUAAUUAAAUUUUAUCUUCAUCAUUAUUACAUGAAGAAAAUCUUUUUUUACAAAAAAAAAGGAAAAAAAAUUGUAAUUAAUAUAACAUGAC